AGCAAGAGGAAUUCGCUCUUAAAUGAAUGAAAAUACGGAUCGGCGCUGUACACGCAGCCAGAGUAAAGAGGCUGAGAUCGAACGGAAGAAAAUGAGAAACAAGUGGGGAUAGCACAAAAAUAAGGAAAAGCCAAGGGGGCACGCGAACCGGAGACGAAGCAAAACCGCUGCAAUUGACGAUCAACGGAUUACAACAUUAUUCCCGUUGUUGGCGAGUAAACUAUUUUCUAGAGGGAAUUGAUGGUGUCUUUACAGAGUAGAACAGACUUUGCCAAGGUGAUUUUGAAUGCACUCGGCUGAAUCAUGCUGAGGCUGUGGAUAAUAACUUUGACUAUCAGUUUUAACAAAGUGUGGACAGCGAGGUUCUCACAGGAGCCAGCGGACCAGUCUGUUGUUUUGGGAGAGAGAGUAGUCAUGUCCUGUGUCGUCUGCAACUACACCGGAAUCGUACAGUGGACCAAGGAUGGACUGGCACUGGGCAUCGGAGAGGGCCUCAGGGCCUGGCCCAGGUACCGUGUGCUGCGGGUGAUAGACGUGGGCCAGUAUAACCUGGAGAUCUCUGCGGCAGAGCUGACCGAUGACUCCCUGUAUGAGUGCCAGGCCACAGAGGCUGCCCUACGCUCCCGGAGAGCCAAACUCACCGUCCUCAUCCCUCCCGAUGACCCAGUGAUCGAGGGCUUUCCAGAGAUCCUGCUGAGAGCCAAUGUCUCCUAUAACCUGAGCUGUGUGUGCCGCGGGGCCAAGCCACUGGGCAUCAUCGAGUGGAAACGGGACGGGGUGGCCCUGGAGGGAGCCUUCAGCACCACCGAGGUUCUCCCAGACAGAAAGAGGGUGACGACAAGGAGCUUCCUGCCCAUCGUCCCAGAGGACAAAGACACGGGACGCAACUUCACCUGUGUGGCCAGCAACAAGGCUGUCCCAAUGGGAAAACGCACCACCGUCACCCUCAACGUGCACCACCCCCCCAAGGUGACCCUAUCCAUGGAGCCUCGGUCUGUCCUGGAGGGAGAGAGAGUCAUCUUCACCUGCCAGGCCACCGCCAACCCUCCCAUCAUGGGUAUCCGGUGGGCGAAGGGUGGUGUUCUCCUGGAGGGGGCGAGGGAGAGUGUGUUUGUGACCCCAGUAGACCACUCCUUUCACACCGAGCCGGUCUCCUGCUCUGUGUUCAACGCUGUGGGACACACCAACCUCAGCAUCGUGGUCGAUGUACACUAUGGUCCUAUCCUGAAGGGGGCGCUCACUCCGAUUACAGUGGACAUUGACUUUGACGCCAAACUCAACUGCAAGUGGGCCGGAAACCCUCCACUCACACUCACCUGGACCAAGAAGGGAUCUAACAUGGUCCUUAGUAACAAUGAGGAGCUGGUCCUGAAGUCCGUGAACCAGGCAGACGCGGGCCAGUAUGUGUGUAAGGCCAUCGUCCCCAGGAUCGGAGUGAGAGAGACUGAGGUCAAUCUUAUAGUCAACGGCCCUCCCAUCAUCUCCAGCGAACCAGUGCAGUACACAGUGAGAGGGGAGAGAGGAGAGGUCAAGUGCUAUAUCGCCAGCACCCCUCCACCCGAUAAGAUUGUGUGGGCGUGGAAGGAGAACGUGUGGGAGAAGGAGAAGGGGACUCUGCUGGAGAGGUACACGGUGGAGCAGAGUAAACCUCACUCCCAGGGAGGGGCUGUCCUCUCCACCCUCACCAUCAACAACGUCAUGCAGUCUGACUUCUACUCUCCGUACAACUGCACCGCCUGGAACGCCUUCGGACCCGGGACUAUGAUCAUCACCUUGGAGGAGAAAGAGAUAGUUCCGGUGGGGAUUAUAGCUGGUGGAACAGUUGGAUCCUCCAUCCUGCUCCUGAUCUUUCUGCUGGCUCUGGCCUUCUUCCUCUACCGCCAACGAAAAGGCAGUCGGCGUGGGGUCACUCUGGGGAAGCCAGACAUCAAGGUGGAGACGGUCAACAAGGAGACACACAGUCUGGAGGAGGAGUCAGGGAGCAUUUCCACGGCGACACGCAUGGUCAAAACCAUGUACUCCCCGUUCAAAGACGAUAUGGAACUGAAGCAGGACCUGCGCAGUGAGCUCGAUACCCGCGAGGAGUACGAACUGAAGGAUCCAACGAACGGCUACUACAAUGUCCGCGCGACCACCCACGACGAUGCCAGGCCGUCGUCCCGCUCUAUGCUGUACCAGGGAGAGUUCCGGAACGCCAACCCUCCGGGGGGAGCAACAGGAGCUACCUCCAGUGGACCAGCAGGGGGCCCUGGUGGGGCGGUGGUGGCAGGAGGGGUCCCGGGGAAUCCGGGGUCACGGGCAGGGUGCUACGACCCCCGACCUCCGUCCAGGAUGUCUCAUACUAACUACGCCCAGUUCAACACCUUCACUAGGGCUGGGCAGAGCCAAGCCCCACCCAACAUCACCCAUCCCUCCCAUCCCACUUCACAGACCAGCGAAUUCCCCGGAGACUGCGCCCUAUUGGACAGCAACAAUCAGCUCACCUAUGACAACUACGGCUACCCCGCCAAGUACCCCACCUAUCGGAUGGGCUUUGCCCCGCCCCCGGAAGUAGGACCAGCCUAUGAGAUGUACCCGACUGGACAAGGGGUGGGACCAGGGCCAGUCCAAGGACUAGGUCCUGGUCCAGAAACUCUGCUGGGGAAGUAUGGGACCUCCACCCGCUUCUCCUACUCCUCUCCUCCUGGUACGGACUACAAUCAGAGACACACGCAGAGGAUGCAGACACACGUGUGA